AUGUCCAAUCGAGCGGCCGGUCUACUAGUGAAGGAGGAGGAGCUCGAAUUAGAGGAGCUCGAAUCAGGGUUUUUAGGGGAGAGGAGGAGGUGGCGAGAGAGCUCCGACGACGAUGAUGACGCCACGAGGAGGAGGGCGGCGAUGGUUUUGACGACGAGAGAGGGAGUGAGGGCGGCCCUGGUUUUGGCGACGAGACAGGGAGGGAGGCGGCGAGAGAGCUCUAACGACGACGACGAGAGUAGAUAUGCAUCAAAGGGAGCCUACACCAACAAUGCAUCACCCUCACUCUCUCGCUCUCCCCGAACCGGAAACCCCCUCAAUCUCCAAUGUCGUGCCCGCGGCGGACGCAGCGUGGCGACGGCGAACUCGCCCCUCUCCAAGCCUCUUCCGCCUUCUCCAACCCAUCAAUCCCAAACCCACCUCUCCUUCCCGCCAAAAAACACACUGCCUCCUCCCCUCGCCGCGCCCGGCGCCCCGCCCUCCUCCACCGCCGCCGUCACCACCACCGUCGAAUCUCCGGCGAUUGUUCCCCGCUUCGGCCCCGCCGAGCCCCGCAAGGGCGCCGUCAUCCUCGUUGAGGCCCUGGAGCUCGCUGGAGUCACUGAUGUCUUUGCUUACCCCGGCGGAGCCACAUUGGAGAUCCAUCAAGCCCUGACCCGAUCCAAUACGAUCACCAACCACCUCCUACGGCACGAGCAGGGCGAGUCGUUUGCCGCCGAGGGGUACGCGAGGUCCACUGGCAAGCCCGGGGUUUGUAUCGCCACCUCGGGUCCGCUCGUCUCCGCGCUCGCCGACGCGCUGCUGGAUUCGGUGCCGCUCGUCGCCAUUACGGGUCAGGUCCCGAGGAGGAUGAUUGGGACUGACGCUUUUCAAGAAACACCCAUUGUUGAGGUGACAAGAUCAAUCACAAAACACAACUAUUUAGUUCUUGAUGUUGAGGACAUACCUAGGGUGGUCAAAGAAGCCUUCUUUUUAGCUACCACGGGCCGCCCAGGACCAGUUUUGGUUGAUAUACCGAAGGAUAUUCAGCAACAGCUUAAUGUGCCGGUGUGGGACCCACCGAUGCGUCUGCCUGUGAAGCCGCCGGCAAAAAAAUUGAUUGAGCAGAUUGUGAGACUGAUCUCGGAGUCCAAACGGCCUGUUCUUUAUGUGGGAGGAGGUUGUUCAGCUUCUGGAGAUGAACUGAGGAGGUUUGUGGAGUUCACAGGGAUCCCAGUGGCUAGUACUUUGAUGGGUCUUGGUUGUUAUCCUACUGACGAUGAGCUUUCUUUGAAGAUGCUGGGAAUGCAUGGGACUGUGUAUGCUAAUUAUGCGGUGGAUAAGUCUGAUUUGUUGUUGGCUUUUGGGGUUAGGUUUGAUGAAAGAGUGACUGGGAAGUUGGAAGCUUUUGCGAGUAGGGCGAAGAUUGUGCACAUUGAUAUCGACCCAGCUGAAAUUGGGAAGAACAAGGAGCCCCAUGUUUCGAUCUGUGCUGAUAUAAAGCCAGCAUUGCAGGAAUUGAAUAAUAUUUUGGCUGUAGAUGAACUCGUGUUUGAUUUUUCAGACUGGAGGGCUGAGCUUGAUCAGAAAAAAAUAGAGUUUCCAUUAAGUUUCAAGACUUUCGGGGAUGCAAUUCCUCCUCAGUAUGCAAUCCAGGUGUUGGAUGAGCUUACGGGUGGCGAGGCAAUUAUAAGCACUGGUGUCGGGCAACACCAAAUGUGGGCUGCUCAAUAUUACAGCUAUAGGAGACCGAGACGUUGGCUUUCAUCGGCUGGAUUGGGUGCUAUGGGCUUUGGAUUACCCGCUGCAGCUGGAGCAGCAGUAGGAAACCCGGGAGUUACUGUUGUCGAUAUUGACGGUGAUGGUAGUUUUCUAAUGAACAUUCAAGAGUUGGCAAUGAUAAGGAUCGAAAACCUUCCAGUCAAGAUCAUGGUGCAGAAUAACCAACAUUUGGGAAUGGGGGUUCAAUGGGAAGAUCGAUUCUACAAGGCAAAUCGAGCACACACAUACUUAGGAAACCCAGAAAAUGAGGAUAAGAUUUACCCAGAUUAUGUGACUAUUGCCAAGGGGUUUAAUGUCCCUGCAGCUAGAGUGACGAAGAGGGCGGAGGUCAAGGGCGCGAUACGGAGGAUGUUGGAUACGCCAGGACCAUACUUGUUGGAUAUAAUUGUGCCACAUCAGGAGCAUGUGCUGCCUAUGAUACCAAGCGGUGGCGCAUUCAAGGAUGUGAUUACUGAAGGAGAUGGAAGGAGAAGCUAUUAGGUUUAUUUAUGAUAGGCAAUGUAAUUGUUUUAUCUGUACUUUUAUGUGUCUAAACUGAAUAAUGGGUUAGGGGACGAGCUAGUUAUCUUGUUUUUUAAUUGGUGUUCUGUUGUUAGUUUACAUUAUGGAAGGGUCUUAGUUUGGUUUAA